AUGUUUGAAAUUUACGUGGGGGAAAAUUUAGGAUGUUACAUAGUGGUAUCAGAGCGGAAAAUGAAUGGAAGAAACGACGCUUUUAUUGCUACUACUUUGCAGGCUGUGUUCCGCGGGGAAUUUCUGAGAAAGUACCUUCCUAAGGUUGUUCGUGGGAAGACGGAGAUUGAGUUUUUAGAGCAAAAGAAGGGUAACUUGUCGGUUACUGAGUAUGCUGCCAUAUUUGUGGAACUUACUAAGUUUUGCCCUCAUUACAGUGAGGCUACUACUGAGUCCUCAAAGUGUCUGAAAGUCGAGAAUGGUUUGCGUCUUGAAAUUAAGCAGGCUAUUGGAUACCAACAGAUCAGGAGGUUUCCAGAGUUGGUGAACAACUAUAGAAUUUAUGAGGAUAAUAGUAAGGCUCGGUCGGCUCACUACAAGGGGUUGAGCGAGAGAAGAGGAAAGAAUAAUAUGAGUUGUGGGAAGCCAUGUAGUGCUCUAGUUGAUAAAGGUAAGUGGAGCGCUGCUGCUAGUAAGAGGCCAAGUGGGGGAGGUUCCCCUACUCCUCUGAAUUGCUAUAGGUGCGGUGAAAUUGGAUCAUCGUGUCAGCUAAUGCAAGAGUGA